CGAGACGAUCUCCCAGAGGAAUUUCAGAGUCGUGGCCCUCCACCCCAAGCCACCCACUUAAAUUCCUCAUCUCCUCCUCCCUCGUCUCCUCUUUCAUUGCCUCCUCUCUUCUCUCCUCUCCUCUCCUCUAUUGGAGCGAGAGUGAGAGUGACCCUUCUUCCAUGUACUACUACUACACUAGCUAGCUUCCUCCUCCCCUACUACACUGCACACAAAUCCCUCUCAAAUGUGCAGCAGCAGCAGCAGCCAAGUGACAAAAAGAAAAGGAAAAAGGAGAAGAGUUCCCCACCUUCACUUGAUUGCUGGUGGUAGUAGUAGUAGUAGUACUAUAGGCUCUUCUUGGAGAUAGCGGACGAGCUGGAGUCGUAGCAGCCGCAGCUAGCUGCAGCGAGCAGCUAUCGUAGACGGAGAUAGAGACAGGCCAGUCUAGUGCACUUACGGGAGAUCGAGGAGACUUCUCAGCCUUUACUUGAGGAGGCCUCAGCUGCCUGCGAAAUCCGCGGAUAUAAGUGUGGCUUCGGGACGGCGCUUCCCAUCCGACACCGGCGCCUUCGCGGACUGGGUCGCCUCCUCCGCGGCGGCGGCGGCCGCCGGCCGAGGCGACGACCUCUCCCUCGGCUUCAAUGCCACCGCCGCGGCCGCGGCCCCCUCCGGCGCCUCGCUGGCCGCCGGCCUAUGGGGCCCGGCCUCCUCCUCGCGCCAGGCCGCGCUGAACUACGGCAUGGCCGACGUCGGGAUGGUCGUCGUCACCCCCGCCGCCUCCUUCCACCACACACAUCACCACCACCACCACCACGAGGCCGCCGCCGCUGCCGCCGCCGCGGCGGCGGCGGCCGCCGAUCCUAUCUUCCCGCUGCUCUCCGCCGGCCCCUGCGUGCUUGAUCCGGAUAAGUCGGCGGCGUCGGGCAGCGCGAUCCAAUUUUGGCAGCCGCCGCCGCAGCUGCCGUCAUCGGCGGCGGGUGGUAACCCUAACCCUAGCUCCAGCGCCUUCCCCUACCUCAAGAAGCCCCUCCCGAUGCUCGACACCGGCGGCGGAUCGUCCGGCUCCGGCGGCGCGGCGACGUGCCAGGACUGCGGCAACCAAGCGAAGAAGGACUGCGGCCACCAGCGCUGCCGCACGUGCUGCAAGAGCCGCGGCUUCGAUUGCUCCACCCACGUCAAGAGCACCUGGGUGCCCGCCGCUCGCCGCCGCGAGCGCCAGCAGCUCACCGGCUCCGCCUCGUCUUCCCCGGCAACCGCCUCCGCCGCGGCCGCCUCCAAGAAGCCCCGCCUUCUCACCUCCCAAACCACGACGUCGCACACCUCCACCUCCAACGCCACCACGCCCCGCAGCUUCGACACCACCUCCAGCCAUCAAGACGCGUCGUUUAGGGAGAGCUUGCCAAGGCAGGUGCGCGCGCCGGCGGUGUUCAGGUGCGUGCGCGUGACGUCCAUCGACGACGGCGAGGACGAGUACGCGUACCAGGCGACGGUGACCAUCAACGGGCACGUGUUCAAGGGGUUCCUGUACGACCAGGGAGUCGACGACGGCCGCGGCCUCGCCGCCACGAGCAAUGACGACUCGACGGCCGGCGGCGUGCCCAACAUCUCCGAGCUCCACCUCGGCGGGGCCUCCAUUUCCGGCAAUGCCAUGAGAGAAGGCGGCUCCUCCAUGGUGCACUCGGACUUGUACGGCGGCGGCGGCGGCAGCGGCGGAGGCCCGCACAUUCUCGGCGGAUCGAGCUAUGGUAACACCAUGAACUGAGCUUCUUAUAGAAGAGUAAGGUUAUUACACCAAUUACUGCCAUUCUUUUUCUCUCGUCGUUCUUGCCCCGUACCACCACGAAGGGGCAUCAACGCAUGCUGUUUGUUCUACUACUCAUAUCUUCGGUGGUGUUAGUGUUAUCGUUGUUGUAGUAUAAUAACAUCGGAGAAUUGUUGUUAGCUUGUACUACUACCUUAGCAGUAGCUGUUCUUUUUUCAUUUUUUCUCUUUCCAUUGGAGUAGAGAUUAAUAAUUGUUAGGAAGAAUUCCAAAGAAGAUAAUGCAAGAUUAAAUCAGUAAGCAUAAGAAAGUAUUAUAAUUGCCUUUCGGUUCUU